UAAGAAAAUAUUAGUAAAGCGUUCCGCAGUAGCAGUACUUAAAGCGAGCGCGAAUAGAAUCGGAAGAACCAAAUGUCUUCAAUGUUCCUAGAUAUGAUGUCAAGCAGUGUGUUAGCUUGAACAUAGCAGACAUCAGUCGAGGACUGUAUGAUGACUCCGCACGUCGAGCAGCGCUUUCAGUGGCGAUCAUGCGCGAGAAGUUACGCGAGCUUGAAUAAGGAUUGGUGCUGAGCAGGAACAAGAACAUGCCCGUGCUUGACGCUCUUGUUCGGGUCGGUUUCGAUCUGAUUUUACCAAGAAGCUUUCGAGGCUCGACCGCAAGUGGAUGCGCUCGAAGUACACUCGCUGCCCGCGCGUCUUUCGAGGCCCGUGGUACAUCCCGUCAAACUGAACUAGUCGGACACUCAUAGCCAGCUCUCGCGCGGCGCACAUAAUGGUCCACGUCCGAUCCAUCUCGAAGAAUGACGAAUAACACGGGAAACGUAGACAUCAUGUUCUCGAAGGAAGACCUCAUGUACGCCUCUCCGCGGAUGAACUUGAUGGCUCCCAGCAAAACGUCCUUCCUCAUACGCGACAUUCUGGGAGCCGGCUCAAAUUCCACGACGACGACGCACAACUCGCUUUUUGACUGCACGACGUCCACGGCAGCGGGCGGUACAGACGCGGCCAGUGCUGCGACUGCGGCGGGAAUCGCAGCCCUGGUGGCUCUCCGCGGCGCGGCAGCUGGACCGAGCUGGACCUCUAUCACUAGAACCGCUGAGCCACAGGUCGAACAACCGCCAUCUUGCUGCGGAGGCUUCCUUCUGGGUUGUGUCACGGUUCCCUGCCUGAGCUGCGCAACGUCUUCGUGGAAUGCAGCCGGCUACCCAGACGUGAGCGCCGCGUACCUGUCGGGCGGAGGCGCCUCGUGGCCUUCGUCCGCGUUCCCGCUCAGUCCGGCGGCGUCUUCGGUGGACGCCCUGGCUGGCCCUGCUUUCGCCGCGCAGCAGCAGCACUCGGCGCCCGCCCUGAGCCCCUCGGCGGCGAGCGACGCCCUGCAGGCAGGCCGCGAGCUGCGCAAGGCGCGGCGCAACCGGACCGUGUUCACCGAGGGCCAGCUGAUGGGCCUCGAGCGGCGCUUCGACUCGCAGAAGUACCUGUCCACCCCGGACCGCGCCGACUUGGCGCGGGUGCUGGGACUCACGCAACUGCAGGUCAAGACCUGGUACCAGAACAGGCGCAUGAAGUGGAAGAAACAGGUGAUGCAGGGCGGGUGCGCGGUGCCGCCGACGAAGCCCAAAGGCCGCCCCAAGAAGAACUCCAUCCCGUCCCUCGCCCAGUGCCAGCAGGCGCAGCGGCAGCUCGCCAUGGCCGCCGCCUCUGCACGGCAGCCAGCCACGGACAGCAUGGCUUCCUUCGAGUCACGGAACGGCUAUAGUAGAUGAAACAACCACGACAUGUAGAGCAGUGCUUAUUCUCAAUCACAUAUACGUGACGGAGGCCAUUCUUUCCUAAUGUGCAGAAACAUUCACAGUAAUAUAAGCAUCAAAUUCGGAGUUGAAUGACGAUGAACGUGUUAUGUUAGGUACUUUCAGGAUUACGUUCUAGGUGGCAUAUAUUGCUCUUCUAGUCAACGAUCAGUGAGAAAAGUGACACUGCGUACCGUAGACGAUGGUUCUCACUUCGGGUUUGACUGAAUGCAGUCUCAGUGUCACUUUAUAUUCAAACAUCCUUACUGUAUCAUAUUUCAUGUGGCGCAUUAUGAAGCUCGUCUCCUCGCAGGCAAAGGUCUGAUCCACACAGCCGUCAAACGGACCAUCCCGUCAUCCUCAUGGCACCAGCGUCCGUAAUGAGCCAGCGUUUCCUCGCCGGUUCCUGGUGAAAAGAUGGGACGUCGGCGACGUUAAGAGCACCGGUCAACGUCGUCUGCGUGUCAUUUUCGGGGAGAAACCAAUGAUGACACGUUUUCUCAUGAUGAACGUCGGUGCCAUGACGGUGACGGACGGGACGUUUGACGGCAGUGUGGAUCAGACCAAAAUCAUGCCUAAAUCAUCGCAAUUGCAUAAACAGGCGCCUUUGACUAUCGAUAUAGACAAGGCUCAUCAAUGGCGUCAAAGAGCAAAUAACCCUAGCCUUUUUUUAAUUCUGUCCAAAAGUGCGGGAGUCCGUCGACCACAGCUUGGUGCAGAGGAAGCUUGGGGAAUAUCACGUGAGACGCGGACUGACAGUCGUGUAACAAUGAGGUUUGGAGUGGAAAUUUCGACCGAUAACCUUCCACGGUAACACUUCUGAUCUUAACCAGCUGGUUAACUUUGUGUAAGCAAACUAGAAGAGAAAAAAGAAAAAGGCCGAAUUUUGCUACCUCGCCGAAUCGCAAUCGAAUUUACAAUUAAUCCAAUUUCCCGUCAGCAAUUGGCAACAGAAGUGAUGCCGAAAGUGUUCAACUUUCUACAAUGCUCGUACAGACUACUAGAAUUUAUGAGACAUGGGAGCUGAAAAACAAUUAUUUUGUCGCAAGCUCGGAGUAAAUUUCGGCCUACUGAGGUUCGCGGGUGAGCAGGGAUCGCUGAUGCGAGUGCAGACAUUAAGCCUCAGUAGGCCUUCUGCAUCCUAUUCUAAGGGCAGCUUUCUGACCACACAGUUUGCAAACGCGAUGACGGAACAGGCGAUUUAUCGAACACGCAUGCGACUCGCAGGAUGACAACGCGCACACCUUAUGUACACGCGGUUUCGCACUUCUUACAUUGGUUCGGAAAAUGUGUUGUGUAAUGAAACAAACCUAUAUUGUACUUACGAAAGGGACUUUCAAGACAGUGUGUUCAGUAGGAUACAGAAAACUUAAUGCCUGGGCACCUCUGGUGGUCGGCAACCUUCUUCCGUGGAAGCGCACUCGUGUUAGAAUUGGUGUGAUGUACGAGAAACGUAGCUACACUGCGUGUCGUCCUCUACAGCAAUAUGGUCUGCCAUGUUGUGCAACAAUUAACAGAAACAGCGAUGUGGAAGUUAUAAUCUACCGGCAUAAACUAAAACGAUAACAAUUCAGAAUAAACUGCGUCGUCUCCAGCGCGACACUGGCAUGAUUCAAGCUCGACUGCUAUGUACUGGUGCAUUGAAUGUUUAGAAACCCAAUGCACCAAUGCUGCAUCACACUGUCGAGUGACAACACGUGCGAGGUGAUGCCACGCACAUUUUCGUGUUUAAUUAUUUAUGAAAAUGAAUAAAUUGAUGUGUUUAUUUAUAAAUAAAUUUAUGUGCUUACGUUUA